AUGGGUCACGAUUUCGCGCCGAUGAAGAACGACCUGAUCAUCCGGGCCGCCAAGGGCGAAAAGGUCGAGCGGCCCCCGAUCUGGAUCAUGCGCCAGGCCGGCCGCUACCUGCCCGAGUACCACGAGGCCAAGGGCGACCGCGACUUCUUCGAGUGCUGCCGCAGCCCCGAGGUGGCAUCGACCAUCACGCUGCAGCCGGUGGAGCGGUUCGCCGGGCUCCUGGAUGCGGCCAUUAUCUUUUCGGACAUUCUGGUCAUUCCGCAGGCGCUUGGCAUGGUCGUCGAGAUGGUCGACAAGAAGGGCCCGCACUUCCCGCAGCCGCUGGUGUCGCCCGACGACGGGCAGUACGAGACGGUCGUGGCCAAGGACACGCUGGCGGCGGUCGAGGAGCUGGACUACGUGUACAAGGCGAUCACAUUGACGCGCACCAAGCUGCAGGGCCGCGUGCCGCUGAUCGGCUUCUGCGGCGCACCGUGGACGCUGCUGUGCUACAUGGUCGAGGGCGGCGGCACGAAGCUGUUUGUGCAGAGCAAGACGUGGCUGUACCGCUACCCCAAGGAGACCAAGGCGCUGCUGCACAAGAUCGCCGAGGUGUGCGUAGAGUACCUGGCGCGGCAGGUGCAGGCGGGCGCGCAGCUGGUGCAGGUGUUUGACUCGUGGGCGGGCGAGCUGUCGCCGGCGGCGUUCCGCGAGUUCACGCAGCCGAGCCUGGCGUACAUUGUGGAGCAGCUGCCGAAGCGGCUUGCCGCGCUGGGACUGGAGCGCGUGCCGAUGAUCCUGUUCCCCAAGGGCGCGUGGUACGCGCUGGACGCGUGCUGCAACAAGGAGACGCUGGGCUACGACGUGGUCGGUCUGGACUGGCAGCACGACCCGGCGGCGGCGGUGGCCACGCGUGGCGACCGCAAGGUGGUGCUGCAGGGCAACGCAGACCCUGGCAUACUGUACGGUACGGAGGAGGGGAUCACGCAGACUGUGAAGGAGAUGGUGGAGGGCUUUGAGUGGAAGAAGCGGCAGUCUGGGUGGAUUGUGAACCUGGGCCACGGCAUCACGCCGUUUGUCAAGCCAGACACCCUCAAGUUCUUCCUGGAGGAGAUCCACCGGCAGACGAAGCUGUAA